AUGAUUUGCGAUACAGAAGAUGAUCAAGGACCGUAUACAUCAUCGCCAAAACGGCUAAAAAUCGAUCUCGGCACGGAGAGUGACGACGCUGAAUCGGUACAGAGUGAGGCGAGAUCGGGAAUGGGCCGCCGUCCACCCUUCACGAACACACAUCGAAUCGUCCGGGAACCUGGGAAAUUCCAUCUUCUCAUCGGCGUCACUGGGUCCGUUGCGGCUAUAAAAUUGGCUGAAAUGUUGAAGAAGCUGCACGAAAUCUGUCCCCCGAAUCGAUUAUUUGUGAAGGUAAUCGCCACACAAAUGGGCCUACGCAUGCUGGAGUCAAUCGAGGAUGAGCUGGCGACGGAAACGGAAGAAAUAAUCUACGAAGACCGCGACGAGCACUCGAUGUGGCGCGGCCGUGGUGAUCCGGUGCUUCAUAUAGAACUAAGAAAAUGGGCAGACGCGAUGUUCAUAGCACCAUUGGACGCAAACACGCUGGCGAAGAUAGCACACGGAUUGUGCGAUAAUUUAUUAACGAACGUUGUUAGGGCCUGGGAAUCAACAAAGCCACUAUAUUUUGCGCCUGCGAUGAACACGGAGAUGUGGCUAUCCCCAUUGACCGCGCAACAUAAAAAGCUGCUAACCGAGCUGCUGGGCUUCAAGGAAAUUCCGCCAAUCUCAAAAACGUUGAUGUGCGGCGACACGGGGCUGGGCGGGAUGGCCGAAAUACAAAUGAUCACGACAAUCAUCGCGCAAAUGGUGCGGAAUCGUUUCGCCGUCUACACGCCAGUCGUCAAUACCUCUGAAGAAGUCCCCGGUUACGAA